AUGGAUGGGAAUCCAUACGUAUGGCGUCCCCCGCGGACAAACUACCUGCCACACAGGAAGACCGACGACCUGGACGAGCGCAUAGUACAGGAGUAUGUUCCACUGGGCACUGCGACGGAUGCCGAGAAUGCCCUCUUCUUCACAAAGUGCAAGCGCGCAGCCGAGAAGUACAACAUCACCCGGCCCAAGGGCCACACGGUCUCGUUCCACGUGAACCCCGAGAUGGAGAAGCACCACUUCGGCCAGACACAUCCCAUGAAACCAUGGCGCUUGACCCUGGCAAAGAGUCUCAUCAUGUCCUAUGGCAUGAACUUCGCCAUGGACAACUAUGUCUCCAGGACGGCCACCUACGAAGAGCUCAACUCUUUCCACUCCGCAGACUACCUCGACUUCCUCGCCACCGUCGCCCCGGAGCCCAUACCAAAGGACAUCGAGAAUCCCGGCACAGAGCUCAAGUUCAACCUGGGAGGUUCAGAUUGCCCUCUGUUCGAAGGCUUGUAUGACUACUGCUCCAUGUCGGCUGGCAGCUCAUUAGACGCUGCCCGGAAAAUAUGCUCCGGGCAGUCAGACAUCGCAAUCGCGUGGGGCGGAGGCCUUCACCACGCCAAGAAGACCGAGGCAUCAGGGUUCUGCUACAUCAACGAUAUUGUCAUUGCAAUACUGCAGCUCCUGCGGUGCUUCCCCCGGGUUCUUUACAUUGACAUCGAUGUGCAUCACGGCGAUGGUGUCGAAGAGGCAUUCCUGUCCACCGACCGGGUCAUGACUGUCUCCUUCCACAAGUAUGACCCAACCAACUUCUUCCCCGGGACCGGUGCCCUCACCGACAACGGCCCUCAGAGCGAGCACAACCCCGGCGCGCACCACGCCCUCAACGUCCCCCUCCAGGACGGCGUCACCGACGAGCAAUACGGCGCCCUCUUCAGGCAGGUCAUCGGUGAGGUCAUAGCAAAGUUCCGCCCGUCCGCCAUCGCCCUGCAAUGCGGUGCCGACUCGCUCGCCGGCGACCGGCUCGGCAAGUUCAACUUGCAGGUCCAGGGCCACGGCCAGUGCGUCGAGUUCUGCAAGCAGCAGAACAUCCCCAUGAUCCUGUUCGGCGGCGGCGGCUACACCCCGCGCAACGUGGCGCGCGCCUGGACGCACGAAACCAGCAUCGCCAUCGACUCGUCGAGCAAGAUCGACUCCACCCUGCCACUGCACGCCCCCUGGCGCGAGCACUUCCGCCAGGACACGCUCUUCCCCACGCUCGAGCAGAUCCUCGAGGUUCCUAAGCCGAACAAGAACUCGCCCAAGCGCCUCGAGGAGAUCAAAAUGCACAUCAGCGAGCAGCUGCGCUUCGUCAACGCCGCCCCCAGCGUGCAGAUGAGCACGAUACCACCCGACCUGGGCUUCAUUAGAGACGACGUCGAGGCCAGGAUCAAGGAGGAGACUGAGGAGAAGGACGACGAGAUCAGGAGGUUACGGGAGGAGGGAGUGGGCGUGCUGAUGGAAUUUUGA